GCUGGCAUCAGUGUUUAAGCUACGAUCAGUUUUAAAACGUGCGUCGCGUUGACAAAUCGUCGGUUUUGGUCGGCGCCAGCGUGUUCAAGUUUCCCGAGACGUUAAUGAGACUCGUUAAUAGAGCCGAUGUGCAACACCAUUUAUAGAUUAAGCAAUUCAAUCAAACAAUUGAAAACAAAUAACACUACUUCCUGUACAUUGAAGAAACGGUUAUAAAAGCAUCUUCUCGGUACUCAAUGCUGUUAACUGAUUGAGCCAACUUAUUGCUGAAGUUAUCUCAACAUUUGACCGGAAAACAUGCUAGAAUAUGACAAAGCAGUCAGUUGCUAAUAUUUUGUCAGAGUAGCAGUUGCAUGUCUAGAAGAUUUCCACGAAAAUUACACAAUUCCUAUAAACGCAAAUCUCUCAACCACGCCACCUAACCUCAGUUGAAGCUGCGAGUCAUGAGUAAAUUGUCGGUUUUGGUGCACCCUGUGAAGAAGGAAUUUCGACGCAAAGCUUGCGGAUUUGAUCAUGAAGCGCCAGAUGAUUUCGUCAAAUCGCAGUGGCAGACCUGCACCAAGAGCAUUGCAUAUCUAGUCUAUCGCUGGUUUAUGGCACUCUUCUUCCUGGGCGUAGUGAUUGAAUCCAUGUUGCCAGUUGCCACUGAUAAGGGCAGCUAUUGGCUAUAUUGUAUCUAUAUGACCAAUUGGGGCAUUUGGUUGUGCAUGCUCACAAAUAUGCUGGGCGCCAUUUUGGUCACAAUAUGGCACUAUCAUCCGGAAUAUGCGGAUAAAUUGCUCAAUAUGCAGGCCUGUUGUAGUCCCUUUCGCAUUUACUGGGGCAUGCACAUCAUAACAUUGGUGCUCUCGAUUGUCAUAACCAUUAUCUAUUGGAGUAUACUCUACGAUGCGAACGAAAGCAUCUUAGAUGCCACGAAUGUGCUAACCCAUGGCUUCAACUCCAUUUGCAUGUUCAUUGAUUUGUGGAUUGUGGCGCAUCCUUUGCGCCUGCUGCACAUGUUCCUUCCAGUAUUGUUUGGCAUUAUCUAUGCCAUAUUCUCAUAUAUCUAUCAAAUUUGCGGCGGCAUGAACAAAAAAGGCAAACCCUACAUAUAUCAUGUCAUCGAUUGGAGAGAGCCGAACAAUGCUCUGAUUACCGUUGUGGCUGUCCUUGUGCUGUCCUGCUGUAUUUAUGUGCUGCUCUUUGUCUUCUUCAAGCUGCGAAUCUUUCUCUUUCGACGCUGCCAUCAGAGACGUUUCGAGCUGCCCAUCAGUGGCAAGAAGAACGGCAAGGUUAUGGACACGAAGCCAACAUCGAAUGGAAUACAACACUCGCCCUCAAGAAUCUCAAUGGUGCUGGGAAACUAUGCAGGCUAUGAUAACCAGGGCUAUGCUCCCAAUGGUGAGCAAUAUGUGUUGAAGAAAUGAAUAAACCGACUGGAGGCCGAACAAAAGUAUUUUGUUAUACUACAUAGUACUGUAUUAGUCCAAUUGUACAAUAGAAUUUUUGAACAGUGAUAUUAUAUAUUAUAUAUUUUAAAGAAGUUAAUGUUAGGCAAAUAAAUUUUAAUCCCAAAGUCGAA